AUGUGCAGAGAGAUGGUGUGUCAUGAAGGACACGUGCCCACGGCGCUGACGGGAGCACGACGGUGGCAGCGGGAGAGUGGCGGUGCGAAGCGGGAGCUCCCGCAGGCGGCACUGGUGUUGUCAGCGGUCGGAGGGGCAGAGCAGGAGGAGGACUAUGGGUGCAGCUGCAUCCCUCUGCCUUCUUUCCUCCAGCGCCUCCGCACCCGAGAGCCGAGGCCCCGAGGAGGCAGCCUGGAAGGGCAGGAGCAGCUAUUUGACAGCGGAGACUGGAGGACCUUGCAGGCUCAAUGGAGGCAGCAGCUGCAGCUGCAGGUCAUGCAGAAAAAUGUAGAUGCUCUUCUGGAGGAUUUUGGGAACAUACAUACAUUUUUCGCAACAUACAGGACCUUUGCCUCUCCUGGUGAGGUCCUAGAAAUGCUCCUCAGCAGGCAUGGAAAGCUGGAGACCUUGAGCUGCAGAGGAGAUGAAAGUCCAGAUUUCUCAGCGGACUCCAGGGCAGUCCUCGGGAAUCCAAUCAUCUUCUUCUUGAAAACUUGGCUGCACUUCAGCCCUGAAGAUUUCAAAGAGCCGCCGAAGUACCACACACUGCAGAAAGUAAUAGCACACCUGAACAAGAACGUCCCUGGCUGUGACAUGGAAAUGGAGGCCAAACACCUCCUCCACCAGUUUCAAAACGAAGCAGAAAAUGAGAGCCAGCCUGGGGACCAUCCUGCGGACCAGCCAGGAGACCAGCCCAAGGGCCAGCCCGGGGAACUGCCUGAGGUCCAGCCCGGGAAGCAGCCCAAAGGCCAGCCCGGGGAGCAGCCGGAGGACCAACCUGGGGACCAUCCCGAGGGCCAGCCAGGGGCCCUGCCCGAGGACCAGCCCAGGGACCUGCCCGAGGUCCAGCCUGGGGAGCAGCCUGAGGGCCAGGUGGAGGACCAACCUGGGGACCAGCCCGAGGGCCAGCCCAGGGACCAGCCCGAGGCCCAUCUGGCGGACCGACCUUGGGACCUGCCCGAAGUCCAACCCAAGGGCCAGCCUGGAGAGCAGCCCGAGGGCCAGCCUGGGGACCUGCCCGAGGUCCAGCCCGGGGUGCAGCCCGAGGGCCAGCCCGGGGAGCAGCAGGAGGAACAACCUGGGGACCAGCCCAAGGGCCAGCUAGGGGACCUGCACGAGGUCCAGCCCAGGGACCUGCACGAGGUCCAGCCCGGGGUGCAGCCCGAGGGCCAGCCGGAGGACCAACCUGGGGACCAGCCUGAGGGCCAGCCCAGGGACCAGCCUGAGGACCAUUUGGGGGACCGACCUUGGGAUCUGCCCGAGAGCCAACCUGGGGACCUGCCCAGAGUCCAGCCCAAGGGCCAGCCCAGGGACCUGCCCGGGGACCAGCCCAGGAACCUGCCUCAGGAAAAGAACGAAGACGCCUACAUCAUUCACUGCUCAGUGCCGAACAGUCAAGGUGUUGUGUACAAAGGCAUUCUGUUAACGAGCCAAGACACAACUAGAGAUGUGAUCUCAAAAAUUAUGAGAAAAUAUGAUCUGGACAUGGAGGAAGCUGGAAACUACCAACUUGUGCAGGUCAUUUCAGAACACAAAGAGCUAGUCUUCCCACAGGAAGCAAAUGUGCUUUCUUAUAUGAACAGCCAGGGGAACGCAGACAUCAGCCAAAGAAGAAAGCCAGCUUUCCGUGCCUCCCCAUUGUCUGCUGCAGCCAAGAAAAAGAGGAGGCGCCUACCUCGCCUCUUUAGAGGCAGCAGGGUCAGACCCGAAUGAGAGCAUCCUGACAAGGAGCUGACACGAAUACCAUUCUCAGGCUGGGGGAGACU